CCCCCCCGUGUCUGUUGAUUCGUUCAAGUUUAUGUGGUGGCCGGCCUUUGCUUUUAGCAACGCAUUGUUGUUGUUGUCGUUCCUUACUUCCAACUCGUCGCUUCUCUUUCUCUUCUCCUCUCGUCUCGUUCCUCCCUUCCUCCCUUCCUGUCCUGUCCAAUACUUUCCUUUGUUUUUUUUCUUUCACUCUUUUAUUCGGUAUUUCCAUUGUCCUUCUCGCUGCUGCGUUUUCUUCUCCAUUUUGGCGUUUCCGAUCCGUACCUCUAGUCAGAUAGUUCCGCACACAGGCCAUGUGCGGAUGUGGGUGUGGGUCGGUGGAUGCUGGUUCGAGGGGGGUGCAGUGUGUCGUUGGCGAUAGCGAAGGUGAUAGUAGUAGUGUUGUUGGAUGAUGAGCUGUACAUCCAGAGGCGUCUGUUGCGUGCAGAUGCUAAAAAUGUUUUCUUCUAGCGUCCUGUUCAAGAGGUGCUGCGAGUGAUAACUGCGAUGCCACGUGAUGCUACGUGAUCGUGCAACCGUCGGGAUUGCGGGAUGUCGGGAUGUCUUUACCGCCCGAAGAGAUCCCACCGUUGCAGACGGCUCCUUUGCCAACACCUCUCCA